AGAUGUCAGCCUCCAUUACUUCUUGCUUUGUUUUUAUGCUAACAUAACUUCAAAAAGAUUAGACUGGGAGGUGUAUUCUGGUUCCCGCGCGCAACAGAAAAGUUAUCAUGAAGGUUGUUAACGUUGUCGUUUUGGCUGCCUUUCUUCUUUUGGAUUGUUAUUACUUUUUGCGUAUACUCUUCGUUGUUCUUCAUGCAAAGCUGGUAGCGCAGAGAAAGUCUCCACUAGAUGUAUUUGUUACUCGAGGUGUAUGUUUGACAACAGACUUGGACUGUAGCUGCCACAUGAACAACGCACGCUAUCUCCGGGAGUUAGAUUUUGCGAGGACGCACAUGUUGUUCAGUAGUGGCCUAUGGAAAACACUCAAGCACCUCAAGGCUGGAGUCGUUGUUGGUUCAAACACUAUCCGAUACAGGAGAGAAAUAAAUUUAUUUCAGUUAUAUAACAUACAUACACAAAUAAAGUAUUGGGAUGAGAAAUCACUCUACAUAGAGCAGCGAUACAUAAACACUAAAGAUAAAUUUGUCUUUGCCAUUGCUAUCAUCUGUUUUAGAGUUUUGAGGAGUACACCCAGGGAAGUUUUAAGAGAGCAUGGACACAUCUCUAUCGACUCCCCAGAAAUGCCAGAAGACAUUGCACUGUUUGUGAAGUACAAUGAGGCAUCAAGUGCCAUGCUCAGAAGUGAGACAAAGUCAGAGUAACUUGAGAAUUCAGUGUUUACAAUUGCUAGUCUGGUAUUAAGGACCUCACUAUGCACAUUUAAAUGAUACAUUGUAUGUGAUAUAUUUCUACUUGAUCAUACCCAUAUCAGUUGUAUGGGAAAGUAUGUUAUUUGCUAUAAUUUGCUAUUUUAUAACCCGGGGGGGGGACUGGUAGAGGAAUUGUUAAAGGAAUACUUUACUCUAGAAUUUGAGAGUAUAUUAUGAUAGUAGAUUUAUAAAUAAUAGC